CUCCUCGCUUCUCCCUCUCCCGGCCACGUCUGGACUACCAGACUCGUCCAUCAUGUACGCUGUACUGCGCCAUUGCCUUGUCACCUUGCGACUGACAUUCUCUUCGGAUACAGGGUUGUCUUCUCCUUGAUCAUUAUCAACAAAGCCGGUGGUCUGGUCUACCAGCGCGAGUUCCAAGCUGGGCUGCGCAAGCUCUCGACGAACGACUACCUUGUCCUCGCCGGCACUUUUCACGGUAUCCAUGCUAUCACUCGCUCCAUUACCCCCAAACUGCCUCUCUCCCAAACCACCAAUACCGCCUCCUCCCCGAGUACGACUACACCCGCUGCAUCAGGAUAUGCCUACCCCAACCCUGGGGUCCCUGCGUCAGGCCUGGAGCACCUCGAGACAGACCGGUUUCGGUUGACGUGCUUCCAGACGCUCACCGGGACCAAGUUUCUGUUGUUCACGGACCCAAUGAGCGGCAAUGUGGAGACCAUCAUGCAAAAGGUCUACGAGCUGUACGCAGACUACGUGAUGAAGAACCCGUUCUACCAGCUUGAGAUGCCUGUACGGUGCGAGGCAUUUGACCGGCAUCUGGCGGCAUGGUUGAGGGGAAGGACAUAG